AUGCCCAUUUUAGUCAUCCGCUGGCUCCACUGCACUGAAAUCACGGGUAGAUUUACGUUGCUAAGUACACAAGGUACAUACCAACAACAUCAGGAAUCUGCAGGGGGCCCCGAUUACCUUACUAGCCACGAUGAUACUGCCGUGUUCCCUCCGAGACCCUUAACACUUGAAUCAGGAGGAAGAAAAGCAGAUUUAACAAUGCUAUACAACGCCCUCAUCCGCACCCACCACAUUACCUCCCGCAAGAAGGUUGCUGCGCUGAAACAAGCUGCAUCCGCCCACAAUUGCUUUGCACUCCUUCGCUCUGGUGGAAUUCCUGGAAUCAUGUAUGUUGAAUCGAAAGAGAAGGAGGCUGUCGAGGCAUGGGUGAGCGUGGUGCGGAAUCUGAGGUAUAAGGAUUUCCAGCUUGUGGCUAGGCCUGGACUUCUUGAGAAAGACCAUCAAAUUGGGAAUGCGAAUGAGAAGCAGUGGGAUGGUAAAAAAAGUAAUGGACGGCAAGAGCAAGGGGGUAGAGAUUCUGUCGCUGGCCUAGAAGAGGUCGAGACAGUCAAGGAGUUUGGAAGUAUAAUGGAAGACCGCGGUGUUUGGAGAUGGUGGAGGAAGGGGAUGGGAUAUGUGAAUUGA